AUGGACCCAGCGGCGAAGCUGCCGGCGGCGGCGGCACCAGAGGCGGUGAUGCUGACGUCGGGCGCGAGCGGGCGGGUGAACGCCCUGCUCUCCCUCCGCGCCCUCCGUCGCCUCCGCCUACUCCUCCACGCCGUCCUCCUCGUCAUCCUCUUUCCGUUCCGGUGGCGGCCGCGGUUGCCGCCGUGCCCGGGCCCAGCGCCGAGGGAUGACCGGCGCGAGGGGAGUAGGAAGAGCGGGGCGGGGGCGGUGGUCGUGAGGGUGCCGGCGGCGAUGGUGCUGCGGAGGCAGAGGGAGCUGGAGGCGGCGGCGAGGCGCGCGGCCGCGGUCCGGCGUGUGGUGGCAGCGAGGGAGGAGGGGAGGAGAGGGAGAGAUUUCUCGUUGUUUGUGACGGCAAGAGGGGAGACGCUCUUCAGUCAGUCGUGGUCUCCCGUCACCGUCAAGACCAAGUAA